CGACAAACAAGACUUAGCAAGUCAGCAGCGCAUCACAUCUGCUGGUAAAAUGGUAUGACAAAUUUGAUUAUUUUGGUAAUGAACAGUCCAGCUGGUUGUAGAAUUUAGAAAAGUGAUUUGCUGACAUUAAAACUAACAGAAGGUCUGAAAACCAUUCCUCCUGAAAUCUUGUGUUCACAAUACAGAUAAUGAAAAAAUGUGAAAAAAUACUUUGAAACAUUAGACUAUCAUAAUCCAAAAUGGAAGUUCAAGAAAAGGUUGAGGAAACAAACAAACAGGAGAUGAUGUAUGAUUGUGAGCAUUGUGGAGAAAAAGUUGACUUUCUUACGUUGAAGAGCCACUUAGGAAUUACAGAUGAGCAUUCGCCAUUUCAAUGUGGACACUGUAAGAAGACAUUUAGAUACAGUAGCUGUUUAGAAAGACACAUGAGGGUACAUACUGGAGAGACGCCAUACGCAUGUGGAAAUUGCGGAAAGAAAUUCAAACAUAGAAGCUGUUUGCAAAAUCAUAUGUGGAUACAUACGCGAACAUCACCACAUAAAUGUGAACAUUGUGGUAAGAUUUUUAGAGACAAUAGCCAAUUGAAAAGCCAUUUGAGGAUGCAUUCAGGAGAGAUGCCAUAUGAAUGUGAACAUUGUGGGAAGAAAUAUAGAGAUAGUUUCCAACUGAGAAGUCAUUUGAAAAUUCAUGGAGACACGCCGCAUGAAUGUGAAUAUUGUGGAAAGAAAUUUACAAGUAGUAGUUAUCUUAUAACGCAUGUAAGAAUACAUACAGGAGAGACACCUUAUGAGUGUCAACAUUGUGGAAAGAAAUUUAAGUCUAGCAGCCAAAUAAAAAAACAUUUGAUGAUCCAUACGGGAGAGACUCCGUAUGAAUGUGAACAUUGUGGAAAGAAAUUUAAUAGAAAUAGUAAUUUAAAACUACAUUUUAGAAGCAGUAGUUAUCUAAAAACACAUGCAAAGUUACAUACAAAAGAAAUGCCAUAUAAAUGUCAAAAUUGUGGAAAGAAAUUUAAGCACCGUAGACAGUUUCAACGACAUCUGAGGAUACAUACAGACACAAUAAUAUGAACUACAAAUAAAAUAAGUACAGUAGUACCUUCUUUUGAUCAAGUACAGUACAGUAGUUGAGUACAGUAGUAGUACUGUACUGCAUAUCCUUAGCAGGAUAUAGCUUUCCUGAAAGCUACUCAGAAUGAAGCUCUUUUUGUUACCAUUCUCCCUGCUUCGACUAUGCUGAUGUUUAGUUUUUCAAUGCUCUUCUCCCAACAUUUUCAUUGGUCCUCUUCUACCUCGCUUUCCCUCAACUGGGCCUCCAUAAAUGACUACUGUAACAAAAUUUAUUUAAUGACUAACAAAAUUUAUAUAUUUACAAAAGCUUUUGGUAGUUUGAGCUACAGUUGCUUCAUCAGGUGAAUGAUGAAAUUUUAUGAAAUGUUUUUUUAUAUAAUGUAUUUGUAAUAGGCCUUUUCCACAAAUGGUAGACAUCUUGAAGUGAUGACAAACAACCAAAGUCAGUGGUGUACAGUUUACUGUACCUUACCUUAAAAGGGCUCGUCUCCAUAAAUUUUGUUAGUCAAAAGAAAUUUGCUACUGCAGCGUACUUAUUUUAUUUGUAGUUCAUGUUACUGAUAAAUAUGGCUCCAACUUUUAUUACACAGUACUGUAAU